GAGAGGGAGUGCCUUCGAAUGACAGUCAUGAGGUUGAAGCUCCAUGAGGCAAGAUUACCCUUUGCAGAAGAGGCUGUGUGUGAGUGUGUGUGUGUGAGUGCUGUGUGUAUGCACACACAAGGCACUAGGACCUAGGAGGCGUCCCGGCAAAUCUGGCAGGAAUUUUUUGCUUGGAGCUCAGACAACAAAGGCAGAGUGUGGCUGGCUUUCUCUCCCACAGCAUCUCCACCCAGAGAGCUGAAAACCGCUUCACAUCUCUAGGGCUCACCGAGCUAUGGAACUUGAUUUUGGACACUUUGACGAAAGAGACAAGGCGUCCAGAAACAUGCGAGGCUCCCGUAUGAAUGGCCUGCCAAGCCCCACUCACAGUGCCCACUGCAGCUUCUACCGCACUCGGACCUUACAAGCCCUGAGCAAUGAAAAGAAAGCCAAGAAGGUGCGCUUCUAUCGCAACGGGGACCGCUACUUCAAGGGGAUUGUGUACGCCGUCUCCGGCGACCGUUUCCGGAGCUUCGACGCCUUGCUGGCGGACCUGACCCGGUCUCUGUCUGAUAACAUUAACCUGCCUCAGGGAGUUCGCUACAUUUACUCCAUCGAUGGCGGCAGAAAGAUUGGGAGCAUGGAUGAACUGGAAGAAGGUGAAAGCUACGUAUGUUCCUCGGACAACUUUUUUAAGAAAGUGGAGUACACCAAGAACGUCAACCCUAACUGGUCUGUCAAUGUGAAAACCUCGGCCAACAUGAAGGCGCCCCAGUCCUUGGCCAGCAGCAACAGCGCCCAGGCCAGAGAGAACAAAGAUUUCGUGCGGCCCAAGCUGGUGACCAUCAUCCGAAGCGGCGUGAAGCCGAGAAAGGCCGUCCGCGUGCUCCUGAAUAAGAAGACGGCACAUUCAUUUGAGCAGGUGCUCACUGACAUCACAGAAGCCAUAAAGCUGGAAACAGGCGUGGUCAAAAAACUCUACACCUUGGAUGGAAAGCAGGUGACCUGUCUCCACGAUUUCUUUGGGGACGAUGACGUGUUCAUUGCCUGUGGUCCAGAAAAAUUCCGCUAUGCACAGGAUGACUUUUCCCUGGAUGAAAACGAGUGCCGAGUAAUGAAAGCAAACCCUCCAACUACUCCAGGCAGCAAGUCAUCUCCAACUCCACAGAAGAGUUCGGCAAAGAGCCCCGCUCCUGUUCGCCGGAGCAAGUCCCCAGCUGAUUCAGGUAACCAUCAGGAUGCAAAUGGAACAUCAAGCAGCCAACUGUCCACACCCAAAUCGAAGCAGUCCCCCAUCUCCACACCAACCAGCCCAGGGAGCCUCCGUAAGCACAAGGACUUGUACCUGCCUCUAUCCUUGGAUGACUCCGAUUCCCUUGGGGACUCCAUGUAAAGGAACCCCGUUCCCUGUGUCCGUAGUACACACUCUGUUUUAGAUACCGCAAGCAGUACUUCUGCCAAAAUGAAGCAGAGAGGUCACUGGUGCUUGCAAACCAAUCCAAGGACACAAAAGUUAUGUCUUUCUUUAUUGUUAUUAUUUUUCCUUUUCCUCCUGCGAUUUUUCUCCUGUGUGCCACAAAGUCAACAUCUCUCCACUGAUGGAGGUAAAGGGAUGCCAACCAUCUGAGUAACUUCAUAGGAAAGGCAGUGACCAUUGUGGGUGAGAGGAAGCCAGUGGGUUCACGAUCCCAUGCGCUUCCCACAUCUUCCUCCACAUCUCUUCUUUUACUCUAGAUGGCUUUAGACCCAGUAGCGUUUUCCUUUUUACAAGUGUCCCUUUAACCAAUGUCAUAAUUCUGUCUGACGGUCAAGAGGGAAACAGGUCUAGCCACCAGCACAUUUUCUAAAUAUCAAUGGAUACCAGCAACCCUGCAAAAAAACCCAAGCCUGUUUCCAAAGUGGUGCCCCCAAAUUUAACACUUGUCCCCUGACCUUAAUUUAUUUAAUAGAGAUAAACCCAUUACUUGGAUAACACUUGUCUUACGUUGUCUGCGCAAGGAGCAUUGGAGCAUAUGAAAGACAUUUAAAAAGCUGAGUGUCAUAAUGUUACUCAGUCUAAACUGGGCCCUGGGGCACAUUUUAAUACUACACCAGGACAGAUUAACUGUCUGGGAUUUUAACAAGGGUGUAUAUAUAUAAGACUGGUAGUAAAAGCCAAUCUGGUUAAUAUGAAGUUACUUGAGUCACCGGAUGGUAUCUCUCUAUCUCUGCGGAAAUGGUUAAUGCCUUGUAAACAGCCAACACUGAAACACUGUGAGCAUUUUGCUUUCAGCUCUCUUCACCCCUCCAGGUUCUCCUUCUUCUUUUUUAAUAGCAAACAAAAAAAAAUCACUACACUUUUAUAGAGGGAAGCAAAUACUUUUAGAAAAGAGUCAGUAUUUCAGGCUCCUUUUUUUAGAAAAAGAAAAGCUGGUGACUUUCUUUUGCUUAAAAGAAAAACAACCCCAAAUUUAAAUACAUACAAAAAAAAAAAAGUCAUUCCAAUAAAUUGUUAUGAAGCCACUGCCAAAACGACGCCAGGAUGACUGAACCAACAGGGAA